AAUCUAUCGUCAUGGUUAAUGUUCAGACUUUACGAGAUUCCUCACAGACUUGCAAGUAAUUUCCUUUACUCUUGCGGGACUAAAAUAAGCCUUCCUGUUGCACCUUAAAUGGUGUUCUGGUGGUUUUUAGAUUUCUACUAAUAUCUUCCCUUCAGGACUUCAGGGAAGGUGACCACUGCAUAAUAUAUUGGCAGGAUUUUUACUCUUUUGAAAAAAUUUUCCCCUAUCAGCAAUAAUCUGUCUUUAACAAAAACAUCCAAAAGCCGUGAUUUGUGCGCAGUAAGAAAAAGAUUAUAAGGUUGUAAGGUGAUUAUGUCUUGAUGUAACAACACUUCACGUUGCUAGGUGAGGUAGAUGUCUGAGGGGCCCAGUAAAGUAGAGUACUGGUUGAUAUUUUUGGAUUAGACAUAAUAUUGAGACAAUACGAGCCUUUAAAGCGUAAGUGUCUGUCUCCUAACCGUAAGGGUCGGAUAUUGGUGGCGUUUACCUUUCACUCAAAGGAACUCAGUCGUUAGGCACAUUAUUUCAUCGAUAUUUAUUCUUCUCCGAAACCAUCAACCUUAAAAAAAAUCUUUCCUUUGCUCACAUUUUAUCUAACAUGGCGAGCUUAUGAGUAAACACCUGUUGAGACAGAGGCGUGUGAGCACUUGGGUUUAUCAAAAUGGUUUUUAUCGAAACACUUGAUUGGUUUGUUUAUACCAAGCAUAUUUCCCAUAGCGAUUAGAAGUAAUUUAAGAAACAUAACCUCGAUAAAGGAGUUGCAAUGUUCCAUCUCUAUAAUUGUCAUGUGUCGACUUAAAAGCAUUUUUAGAGAGUGUGUUUUUCCGUGGGAGUCAUAGCAGAUUGAACACUCGAGUUGUUACGAACAAAGUUUGUGGUGCGUUGCAACGUUUAAAGGUUACAUUAUUUAAAGGUUAUGGGACUUUAAGGUUGGAAAUUUCAGUUCCAGCAACAGCACUGUCGAACAACAUUUAAGGAAAUAAUUCUUUUGAGUAAGUCAACUUUUAUCUAGUCAAGGUCGCCACUGGGAACCUCAGAUUAUGAUUAGUUAUUGUUACGCUCUGAUUUUAACAAAACACAGGAUAUGGAUCCCAAAGGUAAAGGUAAAGGUAAAGAAAGAAAGAAGUAAAUGUUAUUUGUACCAAUUUGCCUGUGACACACACAUAAAUUGAUCAAUUACAAAUCUUUUAGUAGGAAAUGCAAUUAACAGUCGUUGCAAUGUGACUCCGAUUUCUUUCUCGUAGAAAAGUUUCAGUCCGUCAGGUCUCUGUUGACUAGUGCCCAAAAUUUGCGAUUCGAAAACAAAACGAAAUCCGCUGUCUGAUGAUUUGAAAGUACUUCAACGACUUAUAUUUGAGUAAAAACACCGCAGUAUCAUUUAGUUCAUGGUCGACAUCUGCUGAGGCAGAUGAUUGUUGAAAAUAUUCGCUCUGUGGCUUCCUCUUUUUCAUUAAAAAUUACGAUAGAGUUAAAAUGUAUGGCCAGUGCAUACUUGUCUUCAAAUAAAAUACACAUACACGCGUAGUAACGGAAACGUUCCGGCUCUUUAAUAGCUUUAAUAGCGACUUUCGUAGCUUUUAGUCGACUUGAUGGUCCUUUUUCCCAAGCUGCAAUCACGGGGAAACAAAUGGAAAUGUUCAAUUGCUCGAGGUGCACUUGUGGUUGCCGAUUUUAUCCAGCAAAAACCUUACCACCAGGGGUCCAAAAAUGCCAGAGACAAGCCUGAGGGUUUCGAUAUUCGAUCAAGUUACGAAGACGACCUGAUAUUUGCUACGAUGCAGAGAAGUUUGUUCAGAUCUUUUGAGUGAUCAGCGACACCGUUCCUCCUGAGAACAUUCUCGUGCCUUAGUUAAAGCUUCUCGAAAGAGAGAUGAGAUCCCACUUGUAUCCGCGUGUUUGUCUCUGGCCGAAAGUGCCUACUGUCCCACAAGUAUAUUUUACUCUGGCGAUUAUUUCGUUUCUUUGUGGAAACCUUCUGGCCUGUGGUCCUGGGCCAACCGGAAGAAAUACUCGUUCCAGGACUCCGAUGAAGUUUCGACAAAGAAUCCCUGAUGUGGAGGAGACCUCAAUACAAGCCAGUGGAGAAUAUGUUGGUCGAGUAAAGAGAAGUGAAUUGGAGGAAAAUUUUAACCCAGAUAUCGUUUUCAAAAACGACGAAAAAAAUGAAGAUGAUAGAAGAAUGACCAAGAAUUGCCAAGAUAAACUCGCCAUUUUAGCAUCUGCCGUGAAAACAAAAUGGGGAGUAAGACUCCGAGUUAUCGAUGCUUACGAUGUAGAUAGCGGCAGAAAAAGGCACCAUGGUAAGCACUCUCUACACCAUGAAGGACGAGCUGUCGACAUAGCUACGGAGGACCUUGAUAAGAAUAAAUACCCACAGUUAGGAAGGAUGGCCAAUGAGGCUGGAUUUGAUUGGGUUUAUUAUGCAACUAGAGGCUACAUUCACGCAUCUGUUAAAACUGAAGAUGCUGAACAAGAAAGGCUGAGUUACAACUGCUUUCCUGAAACAGCUUCUGUUCACCUCGAAGGAGGACGUACAAAGACUAUGAAGGAGCUUAGAAUUGGAGACAAAGUUGCGGCCAUGGAUACAAGUGGUCGCAUAGUUUAUAGCAAAGUGGUGACAUUUCUAGACAUCAAACCCAACACUUCUGGUGAAUAUAUAUCCAUCCAGACGAGAAACCCUGCGGCUGAAGUGACAAUUACGGAAUCGCAUUUGAUCUAUCAGCUAAACAAACAUUCGCCGCUGGAGUCGGUGCGUUUUGCACGGGACUUAAGAGUCGGAGACUUUGUUUAUAUUCGAAACGGUGCUGGUUUGGAGAAAUUCACAGCUGGACGCGUGAAUGGAGUCAAACGGAGCACAGCGAAGGGGGCAUACGCACCACUCACGGAAACUGGAAACAUCGUAGUUGAUAACGUCCUCUGCUCGUGUUAUGCCGUGAUUUCCAGUCAUGAAUUAGCUCAUUGGAGUUUCGCCCCAUUGAGGUUUGCAGAUUGGCUGUUCCCGGGCAUCACUGCUCACAGUAGCUCAGGUAUGCAUUGGUAUGCAAGAAUCCUUCAUAAAAUUUACACAAGUUGGUAUGACAUUACCUCGGGAAUCUAGGUAAAACUUCCAAAAGCUAAUCCUUUCAUUAUGGCACCUGUGAUCUUGACCAAGGCGAAGUCAGUGGAUAUCGUGUGUAGAGGCUAGAAACGACUCUACGUGCCGCUUCAGUUCACAGCAAUGUGGUUUAUUCUAUGUCGACUUCAAGUGUAAUUACAUACUUGGCAGUAUCAAAAUAUCAGAAUCAGCAAAGACUGCAAGGUUUCCAAGAGGUGAAACCUCGUAAAACUGCAUAAUUCUCAGAAUUCCCAACGGGACUUCUUGAGAGUGCUGUGAUCAAUUUCUCGGCAUCAGACUUUUGUAUUCUAAAUUAUUUGAUUUUUAUUGAAUAUGACUGUUAGAUACAAUGUUAAUUAGGCUAAUUAUGGCCUGUCAUUGGCACCCCGCUGACAGCACUUACCAGUUCGCUUAUCAACUCUUUACUUUGGCGAUCUUAAGCUUAAGCCCGCAGCUCAGCAGAGGAAGCUUGUAUGAUGUAUAUAAAGAGCGUUUAGUUUUAUGUAAUAUUCUGCAUGUUAUGGGUAACUUAGCAAAAAUUUACCCAAGCAGUACAAUUAACAAAAAUAUCAGAGAGGUUUGAUUCAUUGAGAAAAUUUAUUAUAUGCAAAAUAACCCUGAUGUAAAUAGAUAUUGUAUUAAGGUGCUUCGAAUUGGAGCCCUGGCCACUGUUCGUAAGAAGCUCUUUUAUUACGGUUUACUUUUGUGGACAAUCGAUCAGGAAAACCUUUUUGUGCUCUCUGCCUGGUAGUUUGCUCGAUAGCGUAAAGUUCAUCUACUCAACACACGAAAUUCCUAAAUGAGUAAUUCCUCUUAAGGUUAGGAGAAAUGAUUAUAUAAUUUUAUUUUUUUCCUCUGAGGAACGAAUUGCAGUUAAUUGGUUUAUACAAGUACCUUUUUUAUUGUAUUUAUUACAAUUCCAGUAAAACAAAACCGUAGAGUUUUAGAUGAAUUUAAACAAUUUAAAUAAGAAAAAAAAUCAAUAUUGCAAAAAUUGAAUUAUAUGCUAGAAAUGUGAUUUGCGUCAUGUUAGUUUCGUCUCACCAUAAUCUGUCUUGAUCGUAUCUAAUGAAUUAAUGGUUUGACUAAGCUUUACAGAAAAUACUUUGUUACGAUACCGUUUGAUAUUGAUCUAAGCACGGUUUUGUUAUAAACCAUUUGCAGAUCCCUCAAAUUGGACAUUCCAUCACGGUUGAAUUUUUAUCGAAGACUCUGAUUCAUCAAAACAAAUUCUUGAAUUUGUUAACUAUCCCCACCUCUGCAAUAAUUGUGACCCACUAUAUAUGUAAACGUAAACUGAGAGUUGUAUGCUGAUCAAAAACGUAGUCGCAUCAUAUAUAUGGACUUGGGUUUAGAAGGUGUUGCAUUGGUUUAAAACCGGGAAAUGGGGUGGUAAACAGAUAGAUUUCCAUUCCAUUGUAAAGCACAUGACAACCAAACAAUAUUGCUGGCAAUAAACGCGAGAGAGCAUGUAACCUGCUUCCAACGGUGGAAAAUCUACUUAGUUCUUAGUUCAUUCGUGAUUGGCUGAAAAAGCAUUCCUCUUCGAUUUACAGAAUAACUAAGAGACUAUUAUGUACGUUUUUUUAACGCCAGUUUGUAGCCUUUACAAUUUGCUUCCAACUUCAAAGAAAAAUAUUUGUCAGCAAAACUAAGACCGGAGUUUUUUAAAAAAAUUCACAACUCAAAUGUGAAAUCUUAAAAGCAUUGUAAUUAUAUAGCUGUACAUUAAUAAGAUUUUGAACGCCCUAAAUAAACAACUGGCCUUGAAAGAUG